AUGGACGUCCUCAAAUCUUUCCUCCCUGAAUCAAAGGGUGUUCUCCCCUACUGCAUGAUUCUCCUCUCCAUUAUCUCGAUUGGCAACUCGCUGCAGUCAUAUACCACCCUACACUUUUCCCGACGAGUCUACAACGGGCGUUUCAUCCGCAAUCCCAAGCUCGCUCCCAAAACCGCCAACUUCGAGCCCGAGGAUCAGACAAACAAGCUGGUCCCUGCUCACGACGACCCCAAGGCCACCGACCAGUUGACUCCCCUCGCGGGCAGACUUUUCGGUACCUGGACGGUCAUCACCUGCAUCGUUCGAUGCUAUGCGGCUUUCAACCUCCACAUUGGUCCUGUUUAUACCAUCGCUUACUGGACUUACAUUGUCGCUCUUGGGCACUUCGCCAGCGAGCUUUUCAUCUUCAAGACCAUGACUUUCGGUCUGCCUCAGUAUUUCCCUUUCACUCUGGCUUCCAUUUUUCUGAUCUGGAUGCCUCUCGUCCGUGAUCACUAUGUCCAAUACAACUAA